AUGUUCGCUCGCAAGAGCAAGGCGGGGCGCAGCGCGUCCACAACGCGCCUCUCGCUCACGGCGACAAAGGAAGACGACGCAGAGGAGCGCCUCCCCGUCCCGAUGCCUGGCAGUCGACGGUCAUCGAGCUCGACGACAUCCGCCAUGCUCGGCAAGGGGAGCGUGCGGCGGUCCAGCACGACGAGGUUAUCGGUCGUCGGGGCGCCUGUGGCCAUGGCACCACCACCGACGACGGCGGCACCACCGCGGCCGGCGCCAGUGGCAACAAUACAAGCAAUAGCACCACCCAUAUCGGCCACGACCGACACCCCGCCGCCCGUGCCGGCCAAAGCGCCCCUCCCGGCGGCACCGGCGCCCGUCCCACACCGCGCGCCGCCGCCCGCGCUCCAGCUAGCGAGCACCCCGCCCGAGGGGGCGGCGCCACCACCAUCCGAGCCGUCGCCGCCAUCGAGCUGGCGCGUGCUCGGACGCAGGCAUACAAUGCCGCGGCUGUUUCUCGACACGCGCCUGUCGCCGAUCGUGAGCUCGGUUUCGCCCAAGGGCUCGCCGCUCAGCCCGGUAAACAUGCCCGGCAGCGCGAGCGCCGCGGCAACAGAACAGGCCCGCACGAGCCCACAGCAGCAGCACGAGCGCUCGGUGCGCGCCGACGCGCCGAACCCCUUUCUGUCCAGCCCGACCAGCGCGGCGCCCGUAGUGGUGCCACCCCCGCGCCGCGCGUCAACUCUGGGAUUUGUGCAGGUGCCGCCACCUGGCGCCGACGACCACCAGCACCACCAGGAAUGGACCGACUGGUCGGCUGAUUUGAGGGCGCGCGAGCUCGCCCUCCGCGACAAGGAGCAGGCGAUCGCGCGCCGUGAGGACGCACUGCACCAGCGCGAGAUUGUCGCCGCGGUCCACGCAAAGGGACUACAGCGGCUCGGUAUGGACGUGAGCGCUGCCAGCGCCGCCGCGGCUGCUAGCACGCUCGUGGCGACGCCAACCGAGAUGAGCCCGCGAGCGCCGGCCGUGCCGGCUGCACCUACGCCAGUGCGGCUCGCUCGAAUCCCCUCGCCGAGAGACCCGAGUGUGGGCAGCGGCGCACGCCGCGACUCGGCGUCAUCGGCACCCGCGCGGCCCAACCUGCUUCACGAGGCGGCGCAGAAGCGCGCCGGGUCGUUCUCGCAGGCGCCUGCAGUGUCGUACUCGCAGCUGCCGUCCCGGAGGUCGAGGACAAGCCCACUACCUCGCGCCACCUCGCCGACACAGACGCCGACAAUCAGCACCGCGACGCCCGGGGCGACGGCGAGCGAGUCGGAGGCGUUAAUAUCUACGCUGUUGUCCGAAAUCGACACGCUCACGCAGAGCCUCAGUGUGGCACAGGGCGAAAUUGCGCAGCGCGAAGCCGACUACGAGCGCCUCGAGCGCAGACACGCCGACGCGCUCGGCGCGUACGAGGGGGAACGUGCGCGCUGGGCCGAGCUCGAGGGCCAGAGAGACGCCGUCGAGGACGAGCUCAGGGCGCGUGUUGUUGUGCUCGAGCAGAUGCUGGGCUUUGAGCACAAGGAGCCGGUGGUAAGCGGGGACCCCGGACCAAGCGAAGCUGCGCGGCCCGUCGAGGACGGUUAUCACCGGCCUGAAAGGCGACCCAGCGCCGAUAGGCCCGCCUACCAACCUGCAAGGCGGCCCAGCGCCGACAGCCCCGCCUACCAGCCCGCUGCAAGGCUCGCGAGCAACGAAGAAGGGUACACCCUCGACCCGCUAGUCCAAGAGCACCGAACCGUGGGCAACUGGGUACUCGACGUGCAAGACUGGGGCGGUGGCAAAGGCAAAGGCAAGCGGAAAGAAGGAUCCAGCGGCACCGAUACGAAUGCCGCCGGAGGGCGGGCAUCCAUUGCACACGUGGUGCGCCGGGACAGCUUUGGGGUGGGAGACGAUGAGGCUGGCCCCAGCGGCGACUAUGCGAGAGGGGCGGCCGAGCGCGAGUGGGAGCGCGAGGAGGCUGAACGCGAGGCGUGA